GGGUGAAGAGAAAGAGGAUAAGUUUAUGAAAGCCUUUAACGACGCUUACAAAAUAGUAAAGGAAACAGGAAUAAAAAAAGGGGAAGUAUUAGAAAAAGUACCUUUGGAAAAAAUUGUUAUUGAAACUGAUGCUCCUUAUUUAAUUCCUGAACCAUUACGCGGAAAACAAACCCAUAACUAUCCCCAGAACAUAGUUUACACUUUAAAAAAAAUAGCAGAAAUGAAAAAAAUAAGUAUAGAGGAAGCAGGAGAAAAGAUUUAUUCUAAUACUUUAAAAAUGAAGGUAACUAUUGCUAUUAAAAGCAAAAUUAAAAAUGCUGCUGUUAUUCAGGUUCCUAGAUAG